AUGACUCGCUGUUAUGAUCUUGCUUCCUUGACUCCUAAACGUUGUGCCAUGAGGAGUUGCUUCAACAGCUUUGUUUAUAAGGAAUCUUUGAUAAAGAAAUUCCGGCGCGACACAAUCAAGCAGUACAGUGUCAGAAUAGCGCCAAUUUUGUUUUUACUGCUACGUGUUAACCGUUUAUCUAUUUUUGCUGCCUAUAAGAAACCUAGGGGCUCGGCGGGCUACACUGAGAUCGAUACUGGCAAGCUUCAGACGGCAUUUGCCGAUAAGGAGAGUAGGGACAUUGAUGUGACUUACUUGUCUCAAGUGUGCGUUGAUAUGAUGAAAGGAAAAGACACGCUUGGCCAUGUCCUUGAAACCUUGGUUAUGUGCUGUGCGAUAAAGUUUGGUUCGUCUGUGCCUAGCAGGUUUAUUCCCGAUGAUUCAGACAACGAAGAAGACGAAGAUGAGGAUGACGAAACACAUAAGGUCGGAACUCCUGCUGCGGGCAACGACGACAUGAAGGGAAUCAGGAAUCCCAAAUCAGCAAGGGGUAUCAGAAAAACCUUGGACAGUUUGAAAGCGUUCCUGACAUUCGCCUGCAUGUGCUCUGCUGCAGAUGAUGAUCUUUUCGAUGACGAAUCUGGUACUCCAAUGUGGAAAUGGAUCACGACAGUUUACCAUAAAACAGUUGAGGAGGAGGAGAACCUUAAUCGCUACCAGAUAUCCCUGGUGCCCUCAGCGCAAGGAAUUAUGAUUCUGGGUAAGCUGUUUGAUCGCAGUUACAUUCGUGAUUUUUACUUUGAGUGCCAUUCUGUCUUUAGGGAGAAUUUCGAAAAAUUGGACAAACUGUUCUUCAUGCCCACUGUGGAUCAAAUUGCAGGAGCCAUCUUGAGGAAUCGCGAUGUCUCCUUCAGAGAAGCAAAAAGGGGCACAGACAAGUUUUGGGAUGGAGGAUCACUGUUGCAUCUGAUUCCCGUAGAAUAUCGUCAAGUCUUGAUGCCUAAAUUCAGGAGGGAGAAACAUGGAAGACUAUCAGAAGCAGUCAACAAACAGGUUGCCCAUGCUGUCGAUGAAAUCGCAUGUACCUUGAUGUGGAUGGUGUACUUUGCAGCUGGAUUCCCGUACCGUUUCCCAGAGUUGCAGCUCCUUGCCUUCAGCGGCCCUCAAAGAAAUGUCUACGUUGAGGACGUUUCCAGACGCGUGCAGCUCUUUUGCGAUUACAACAAAACCGGCGCAACAGCUCCGAUCCUAAAGACUACUUCCCCCCCACUUGUUCUAUUUCAUUGUCGUUCUUAG